GAAAGAGGAAGUCCCUCCUCUGCGUGGUCAGGGCUGCUGCGCCCCUUUUCUCUCCUCCUCUCCCUAUUUCUCUCUCUCUCUCUCUCUGUUUCUCUCUCUUGCGUUUCCCGGGGAGGAUCCUCGGCCAGGAGCCCCACCUGGAGCUUCCCUCUGGCUCCUCCUCCUUGGAGCGGAGACGGAGCCUGGCUCCCAAACGGCAGGAGCCAGAGUCCAAGGAAGCAGCAGCAGGAGCAGGAGCAACUCCCGGGCCAAGUCCCUCGCUUUCCUUUGGGAGACCAGAACAUGGCUUUCGGGAAGAGCCAGAAGGACCCCUUCGGCACCGCCGUGGGGCACCUGAUUGAAAAGGCUACUUUUGGAGCACUACAGACAGAAGAAUGGGGUCAGUUCAUGCACAUCUGUGACAUCAUCAACACAACAGCACAAGGGCCUAAAGAUGCCAUCAGAGCUUUAAGGAAAAAGCUGUCCAAAAACUGCAAUCACGUCGAGAUCCGUCUUACCCUGUCUCUCCUUGAGAUGUGCAUGCAGAACUGUGGUUCAAGCUUCCAGUCUCUGGUUGUGAGAAGGGAAUUCUGCAGAGACAGACUAGUGAAGCUGCUGAAUCCAAGAUAUAACCUGCCGGUUGAUCUGCAAGAGAAGAUAUUGACCUUUAUCAUGACCUGGGCCAGAGGAUUCCAAGGAGCUGUGGAUGUAAGUGAGGUCAAAGAAGUUUACCUGGAUCUUCUUAAGAAAGGUGUUGAGUUUCCAUCCUCUGAGAUCAACAAGCAGCCCUCAAAGCCUUUGCCUCAGACUGGCAUGAAGAUAUCCAAUUGUACCUUUGCACAAAGUUUUUCGGGGUCCCUCCCUCCCGGUGCAAUAAUGACGCUGAUUCCAGAACAGGUCGGAAAACUGUACAGCGAACUGGAUAUGGUUAAAAUGAAUGUGAGGGUCAUGUCGGCCAUACUGAAGGAAAAUGUCCCAGGUUCUGAAAAUCCAGAUGAUAUGGACUUAUUGCAGAAGCUGUACAAGACAUGCAGGGUAAUGCAGGAGAGAAUCAUGGAACUGCUAGCAACAGUGCAAAAUGAAGACGUAAUCACUGAACUGAUACAAGUGAAUGAAAAUUUGAAUAAUGUUUUACUGGGACAUGAGAGGUUCUCUCGAAACAGAGUACGUUUUUUGGAGAAUCAGAGGAUUCAGAAUGAACGUACAGUGGUUGAUGGCACCCAGCCGACUGCUCCUUCGUGUGAUUUGCUGGAUCUUGAGUGUAGCGUUCCUGCUAUUGUGCCAAAGCCUGGGGGAGCUGGCCCAGUGACUCCUCAGCCGUCAGAACUAAAUUGCCAGUCACAAAGUGCUGCUGUUCCAAGCCCUCAUCCUACCCAGCUGCCACUUUACCCUCAAUUAUCUUCACUUCCUACUACAAAUACUUCACAGUCCUUGUUUAUAACAGAAGCACAAAAUACAUGCCAAAGCCUUGCAGGUGGCCAAACCUAUGUCAAUGUAAAUACAUAUUUAAAUACAGUGCCUUUGUAUCCAGUAAGCCUUCAGAGUAAUGGUUCAAGAGAUACACAGCCAACAGAUACAUCAAAAAUCAACCCACCACCUCCUAAUUAUUAUGAACUCAUGGAAUUUGAUCCUUUGGCUUCCAGUGACAAGCCAGAACCUAUUUAUGAAGAAAUUGAUGCGCAUCUCUUCAAAGCAAGUGUAAAAAAUAACAGCAGCUGCUAGAAGCAGAAGCCCAAGAAAACAACUUACCUUUGCCAACAUUAGAGACUAUUUUGCUGGCAUACAUGUCAGUAAAGGGAAAGACAAUUUCUGGACAGGCAGAGAAAAAAAUAUUAGAUUGAUCAAUCAGCUUGGAAACCACCUAAACCAUCAGCCCUACUUAUUCUGCCUUAAAUGCAUUACAUUAGGUUCAUCUGGCCUUUAAUGACACAAGGUUCUACUUGUACAUACUUUGGGCCCAAGCCUACAACUUAUUUAGGAUGCUGUGUUUUUUGGGGGGGAAAUCUUGUAAGUAACAUAAGAUCCAGGUCUUAAGUGUGACUGCACUUGAAUAAGGUACAUUUAUUUCACAAUGUAUUCAUUGUAAUAACAAGUGAAUAAUUUUUUGAAGGAAAUAUAUCUAAGUGCCAGAACAGGAAGUUAGUUAUGUAUAACCAGAUUGGCAUCAGAUGUGCUUUAAAGACUGAAUUAAGGAUGAGCAAUCACACACCUGAGACCAAAGUAUCAGCAGGCUUCAUAGUUGGUGACUCAAGAGAUAGGAGUAUUGCGGGAUAACUAUGACCACAGGACCUUCUAACAGUGUUCUUCGCAGGAUGGAUUUUGUCCAGUCUCAGGAAUGAUACAUUUGUGACACCCCAACUGUUGUUGGAUUGCAGUUGCUCACCUGCCCUAGGCAACGUCUGGUGGGAUCACGUAUUCCUUGUCCCUGUUCUACAGUAUAUCCACCUCAUGAUAUUAACGUGAUAGCCCUGUAUGUAGAAUUCUUAUUUCUUGAAAAUUCGUUUUUGCCCUAUGAUUAAUCACUACAGCACUUUCCUGUAAACCUAUUUAAUACACUAAUUAUCCUGAAUGUGUCCAACUAGUUCCAAAGCAAAGAGAAUCACUAAGAACUUAAAAGAGAUUUUGUUGUAAUUGUACUUCUUCUGUCUUGCCAGCCUUUAGAACCCCUGUUCUGGAUACAUGUGUUUUCCCUUCAAGGGGAGUUAAAUACUGUACACAUUCCACAAAGGUCCUAACACAGUGGUUCUCAACCUGUGGGUCCCCAGGUGUUUUGGCCUACAACUCCCAGAAAUCCCAGCCAGUUUACCAGAUGUUAGGAUUUCUGGGAGUUGAAGGCCAAAACAUCUGGCGACCUACAAGUUGAAAACCACUGUGACGUAACAGGUAUAACUAUUCCCAGUGGAAGCUCUAUUUGGAGUAACUAUAGUAAGGUGCUAACGGAGUCAGUGGAACAGGAAAAACCAUGAACACUCUACCACAGUGGUACUUUGGGGAUGACUUCUCCCUAACGUCUGUUACUGCUUUUCCAUGUCUCCAGCUACUGAGGUUGUCUUUCAGCUAUCAUGCAUACUUACUUAGUCAUAGAAUCACAGAACAUUUAAAGUGUGACUGGAAGUGCCUUUUCUCUGAUUAAAAUACAAUAUGCACUUUUCUCAAGAGUUUGCGUGAAAUUUAGGUUAAAGGUGUCAUUACAAUUAACCACUCAGAUCAGUGCUUUGCACUGGAAAUGGAUACCCUAAGUCUGACUUCUGUUUAAAUAAUGUUUAAAUGUUUUAUAACAGCUAUGCUUUUUAUAAUCCAAGUAAACAAUCUGAGAUUGAAAAUGAGUUUUUACUACCUAGAUGGUUCAAUCAGCUGUACAGCUGUUUUAAGACAUUCUUUCACUUUUUAACAUACGAUUCUCUGUAAGCACCACACUUUGUUAGUUGGUUUGUUCUGUUGUCAUCUAUUUUUCUCCUGACAUUUCUGUUAAGUCUUUGCUACAUAGUAUAUGUAUGGGCCAUCAAGUCCACUCGCUGCAGGAUCUCCAGCUAAAGUAUCCCCACCAAGAAACUGUCCAGGCUUUUUAUGAAAUGCUCAGAGAAGCAGACUCCAUCACCUCUCAGCAAUUGGUUCCAUUUGCUGAGCUGCUCUUAUGAUCAGGAUGCUCCUUCAAAUGCUCAAUUGAAAUCUGACUCCAUUUGACUCACAUGCUGUGGAGCAUCAAAGAAUAGUCUUAUUGCCUCCCCUUUGUGGUUGCCCUCAAGGUAUUCAAAAGUGCAUUCAUGUCACUCUUGUUUUCUCUUUAUUGAGCUGAAAAUACCCAGCUCAGUUGUGAGUUUUCCGGGCUGUGUGGCCAGAACUAAGGAACACAGAAGGGGAUAAAUCUUAACACGAA